AUGCACUCGAUACUUUGUGUAUUUUUAUUAUUUAUAACAUCCAUCAAUGGACAAGGUUUAUUUGAUAUCAAAGAUCUUGAUUGGUCUACUCGUCCUACUGAUAAUUUCUUUAUGUUUGUAAAUGGUCGUUGGAUAAAUCGAACUACAAUACCAUCAUCUGAAACUGCAUGGGGUGGAUUAUAUACAAUGAAAUAUGAAAAUACAUAUAAAUUAAAAAGAAUUCUAGAUGAUUUAGUACGACAUGAAAAAGCCGAAGAAUUAUAUCCUAUUGAUUCAAUAGAACGUAAACUUACGGAUUUCUAUUUAGCUGGACUUGAUGAACAAGCUAGAGAAUAUGUAGGUCUUGAACCUUUAAAACAAACAUUAAUUCAACUUCAUAAUGUUCAAACAUAUCAAGAAUUAAUUGAAUUUAUAUUGAAUUGGUAUACAAAAAUGAAUAAAGGUCUUAUAUUUGAUUUUGAAGUUUGUGCUGAUGAUCGAAAUUCAUCGAUUAAUAUGGUUCAUUGGAAACAAACUGGUACUGAACUUCCUGAACGUAAUUAUUAUUUUCGUAAUGAUGCAAAUUCGAAAAAAAUUCGUCGACAUUAUAUUAAUUAUAUAGAUCGUCUUCUUACUUUAUCAAAUGAUAUUUUAAAUGUCACAACAGAUUCUACUGAUGCCGAAGAUAUUUUUUCACUUGAAACACAAUUAGCUGUUUCACAUCGUACACCAUAUGAAUUACGUGAUGCUGAAUUAAAUUAUAAUAAAUAUACUAUUACACAACUUAAUGAUAUGAUGCCAAAUCUUGAUUGGUAUAAAAUUUUAUCUAUAUUAACAAUUGAAAAUCAAACUGUUAUUAUGACUCAACCAGAUUAUUAUCGUUUAUUAGAUAAAUUAAUUGUUAGUGAAUCAUUAGAUAUUUGGAAAAAUAAAAUACGAUUUACAAUUUUACAUGAAAUGUCAAAAUAUUUAAAUAAAGAUUUUAUUGAAGCUCGUUUUCAUAUGUUUGAACAUAUAAUCUAUGGUCAACAUGUUGAUAAAACACUUGCAAUAAAUAUUAUUGAAAAAAUUGAUAAACAUCUUGGUGAAUUACUUGGACAAUUAUAUGUAUCUCGUUAUUUUCCAUCUGAAGCUAGAGAACGUACUAUUAAUUUAGUUAAAAAUUUAAUUGAUGCUUAUUAUGAAAGAAUUGAUAAUAUUCAUUGGUUAAAUAAUAUAACAAAAGAAAAAGCUUUAAAAAAACUAGAAACAUUAAGUAUUAAAAUAGGUUAUCCAUCAAAAUGGAGAUCUUAUGAUGAUAUUUUUAUUGAUCGUUCAUCUUAUUUUAAUUCAAUAUCAAGUAUAUUACAACAUGAUUACAGAAAAAAAAUUGAAGAUUUAAAAAGAUUAGUUGAUCGAGAUGAAUGGGAAUUUUCACCUCAAACAGUCAAUGCAUUUUAUUAUGCACCAUUGAAUGAAAUUAUGUUUCCAGCUGCUGUCCUUCAAGAACCAUUAUUUUCAUUUUUUGCUGAUGAUGCACUUAAUUAUGGUGCAAUUGGUUAUGUUAUUGGACAUGAAUUAAUGCAUUGUUUAGAUGAUCAAGGUAGAAAAUAUGAUGAAAAUGGAAAUCUUGAUUCCUGGUGGACAGAAAAUGAUAUACAUGAAUUUAAAUCUCGUACAAAAAUUCUUGCCAAACAAUAUAAUAAUUAUGAAAUAUUAAAUACAACUGUGAAUGGUGAAUUAACACUUGGCGAAAAUAUUGCUGAUCUUUCUGGUCUUGAAAUAGCCUAUCACGCAUUUUUACGUACAAAUCAAGCAAAAGAAAAUCUUCUAAUUGAUGGUUUUACACCCAAAGAACGUUUCUUUUUAGCGUUUGCAAGAACAUGGAGAGUUAAACUAACAACUGAAAAAACUUUACUUUAUACUAAAAUAGAUCCACAUGCACCAGUUAACUAUAGAAUCAAUGGACCAUUAUCAAAUAUGAUGGGUUUUUAUGAAACAUUUAAUGUUACAAGAAAUGAUGCUAUGUUUAGAGAAAUAAAUGAUCGUGUGCUCAUAUGGUAA